ACCCCACCCCACCUCCGCCCUUCCCUCUCAUCACCCACCCUAGUUUUUUCUUGCCUCUCUGUCCUUGUUAGCACGAAUUGCAGCAUAUCUGUAUUUUCAGCGAAUACUUAUUUGUUCUGUGUCUACUUUUCCAAACCCGGAAAGUCGGUGCGGCUCGGAGGCGGCAGAAGGUGAGUGCCACAGGCACAAUGAGUGAAUCACAAAGCUCUCUAACCACUGUGAUACUCCUGAUUUUCCUGCUGGCCAUCCUCAUCGUGGCACUGAUAUACCUGUAUAAGAAGCUGAACCGGGAAACAGAUGACAAGUACACGGUACAUGAGCUCAUCUAUGGUGAGGAUGGGGCUCGACAACGCCUGCAGAACGGCGUACAGGCCCUCGAAAGCUCGCUGGGGAUCCGGAUUUGGCCCCGCAAAAGAGAAGAGGCAGAGGGAGAAGAUGUAGAGGAACAGAGAGAGGAGCAUCAGGAGGACAGAGUGGAGGUUCCUGACAUUGAGCAGGGUCAAGAGCAUGAUGAGACGAGCCUGGACAAAAAGGCAGAAGAAGAGGACGACUCGGAUGACUAUUCCAGCAUGGAAGGGGUCGACCUGAGAGAAAAGGCAAAGCUGAAGGAGAACAUGGAGGAGGGAGAGAACGAGGAAGAGGAGCGUGAAGGAGGUGGUGCUGGCUCGGGGGUUGGUGGUGGACUUUUGGUGGACUUGAAGCAGUUUUCAGGUAGCGCAAUCUGGCAGGAGGAGAAGGUUGAAGUGACGGUAGACAGCUGUGACCUGACUGCCCUGUGAAAGAUGGAGCCUUCCCCAGCAGACACGGGUUGGUGGUUAUGGGCAGGUAUAGGUGUGUCUGUCUAAGGAAUACAGAGAAACAGCAGCGGAAGGAACAGAGUAACAUGAUGUUGUAAGGUAACAGUGGUCAAUGUUUUGUAUAGGAUAGGACAUUUUUGCUUUGUACAGUUUUAUAGUUAAUUUACAUGUGUUUUAUACGAAAUGUAUUUUAAAAAUAAAAAAUAUUUUAAAGGAA